UCCGAUACCGGCCGUAAGAGCUGGACUACGGAGGCGAAGGAGGAGUUGACUCCCGAGUCCCAGAAGUCUUAUUUGGACAAGGCGAAGGAGGGUGUUACCGAUACUGCUGAUAAGUUGGCUGGUGGGUUGCAGACGGAUGAUUCCAAGUCUGCUGGUCAGGCUACUUUUGACAAGCUCCGUCGGGAGAAGGAUUCUGCCUAA